AUGCCCACGGCGGACUGCCGGCUGCUCCAUCAUGGCCGGAUCAUGAGGUGCCUGAGCUGCCUGCUGCUGUUGCCCGACACCCUCAGAAAGUCCAAGAAGCUCGGCGGGCUUCCAGCGAAGCUCCCGGUGAGGCUCCCGCUGCCCCCGCCGCCGUCAUACGACAAGCAUAAGAAGAUGGCCGCGGAACUGUGCGCCGCCAACAACGGCAACCUGGCCAGCGGCACCACGGUGACGGACGCCGAGAAGGCGGCCAACAAGGAGGCGACGACGGCCGCCGUCAGUCAGGCCUCCGGCGGGGGAGGAGAGGACGGAGGAGGAGGACGGGAAGGUGAAGGCUACGCCGUCGAGGCCACCGGCCCGAGCGGGGACCAGCAAAACGUCAGCAACAACAACACCGCCGAGCCCCGCAGCUGGCAGGGCACCCACCCCACACUCCGGGAGAGGAACGCCUUGAUGUUCAACAACGAGUUAAUGGCAGACGUCCACUUCAUGGUGGGUCCCCCCGGAGGCUCGCAAAGGGUCCCGGCGCACAAGUACGUGCUGGCGGUGGGCAGUUCGGUUUUUUGCGCCAUGUUCUACGGCGACCUAGCUGAGGAGGAGGCCGACAUCCACAUCCCAGACGUGGAACCCGCCGCCUUCCUCAUUAUGCUCAAGUACAUGUACAGUGACGAGAUCGAGCUUGAGGCGGACACGGUGCUGGCCACCCUGUACGCAGCCAAGAAGUACAUCGUCCCAGCACUGGCCCGUGCCUGCGUCAACUUCCUAGAGACCAGUCUAGAGGCCAAGAACGCUUGCGUGCUGCUCUCUCAGAGCCGACUCUUCGAGGAACCCGAGCUGACGCAGCGAUGCUGGGAGGUCAUCGACGCCCAGGCCGAGCUAGCACUACGCUCCGAGGGGUUCUGCGAGAUCGACGUGCAGACACUGGAGAUCAUCCUGCACCGCGAGACUCUCAACGCCAAGGAGGCAGUGGUAUUCGAAGCAGUUGUCGCUUGGGCAGCUGCAGAGUGCCAGCGGAGAGGACUGGCACCCGCCUCCCGCAACUUGCGGCAGGUUCUGGGCAAGGCGCUUUUCCUGGUGCGCAUCCCCACAAUGAGCCUGGAAGAGUUCGCUGAUGGGGCGGCACAGUCUGAUGUCCUGACGCUUGAGGAGACGCGCGACGUCUUCCUGUGGUACACGGCGGCCAACAAGCCCCGUCUAGACUUCCCCGCUGAACCCCGGACGGGUCUGGCGCCGCAGCGCUGCCACCGCUUCCAGUCUUCGGCCUACCGCAGCAACCAGUGGCGCUACCGGGGACGCUGUGACAGCAUCCAGUUUGCUGUGGACAAGCGUGUCUUCAUCGCCGGCCUAGGCUUGUAUGGAUCCAGCGGCGGAAAGGCAGAGUACGGCGUCCGCAUAGAACUUAAGCGGCAGGGCGUCGUCCUUGCCCAGCGCCUCACCAAGUUCGUUUCCGACGGCUCCAGCGGGACCUUCCCCGUCUGGUUCGAGCACCCAGUCCAGAUCGAACCGGACGCCUUCUACACCGCCAGCGCCGUUCUGGACGGGAACGAGCUCAGUUACUUUGGACAAGAGGGCGUGACGGAGGUGCAGUGCGGGAGGGUCACCUUUCAGUUCCAGUGCUCCUCCGACAGCACCAAUGGUACCGGCGUGCAGGGGGGGCAGAUCCCAGAACUUGUUUUCUACGCCUGA